UACACAUUCGAAUCCAUUCUGAUUUGCAAAUUGAAGCUGUGGAUUGCUUUAUCGAGAGAAAAUUUGAACGAAAAUGCAGUCGUUAAACAUUAAGGCUUGCUUGGAUCUGCGGUUAGCGGUUUUCACGGAUUCGGAGGUGGGGAUGAAGAGGCAAUGGGUGAAUUGCAGGAACCGGAGGAGAAGGAAUGGGAGUGUGAUCGUAGCGUGCGGUGCGGAGAGGAAUACGAAUGGGAGUAUGAGUACGAGUUCAGGUUCAAGCUCGAGCUCGUUUUUCUCUCGGAGCCACAACUACGCGAUCUUGAAGCAACAAAUGGAGGUGGCUGCUAAAUCCGAGGAUUACGAAGAGGCUGCGAGGAUUCGUGACUCGCUGAAAUGUUUUGAAAACGAAGUGCCGGUUCUGCGUCUACGGAGAUUGUUAAAGGAAGCAAUUGCUGAUGAGAGAUUUGAGGAUGCAGCUAGAUAUCGUGAUGAGCUAAAAGAAAUUGCCCCGCAUUCUCUCUUAAAAUGUUCGAGUGAUGCCACAACCUUGGGAAUACGGGUCCAAGUUAGGAGUGUAUAUAUAGAGGGCAGAAGUCAGCCUUCAAAGGAGCUAUACUUCUUUGCUUAUAGAAUCAGAAUUACCAAUAAUUCAAACCGCCCUGUUCAACUUCUUAGAAGGCAUUGGAUUAUAACUGAUGCUAAUGGGGAAAGUGAAAAUGUCUGGGGGAUCGGGGUUGUUGGUGAACAGCCAGCUAUACUUCCUAGGACUAGUUUUGAAUACUCUUCCGCUUGCCCAUUAAGCACACAGAAUGGUAGAAUGGAAGGUGACUUUGAGAUGAUACAUGUUGAUCGAGUAGGCUCAAGAGUAUUUAAUGUGGCUAUUGCCCCCUUUUCUCUCUCACUACUUGGAGAUGAUGAUGGUCAAGCUAUUUGA